AAUAAAGAAAACCGCUAUCUGUCAUUUCACUUUUGAUUGUGCGGUUUCGGUUUCUUUUAUUGUUUCUAUUUGAUUGUUUUGCGAAAAUGUGAAUGGUGCAAAUGAUAAACUUUGUUGGUCUGUCGGAAGAUGCAAAAAGAUGCGUGAACGUUGUCGUGACCGGAGCUAGAGAAUCUGGAUUUUGAAGUAAGAACUUCGAUCGAAAGCUUGUUUUCCCCGACCAACCGGAGUUGCCAUGGGAUAAACUCGAUAAACUUUAUAUAAGAGCAUAUCAAUGUCGUCAAUCGAUUCAAGCGUUAUGAUUCUCAACCGUGAUGGAUCUUCCAGUUCAAAAAAAUCUUGCUGCAAGAAUUUUUGUUCACUAAACCAAUUCCUCUGCAUCCGUUGCUAUCGCUCUGUAUCAGUCUUCUCAACGACAACAACUCUAAAUAAGUAAUGCAAGAUAAAUGAAGUAGUUGGAUCUAAUAUUGAUCAUGCCUCAUAAUGGACAUAAUGAUGACGUCGAGAAAAGUGCUUCAAAGCCAAUUCUAAGAGUACAGUUAGUUUAUGAUCCUGUUUACUCUUGAGUACCUCGAGUAACCUGAACGGCUGGUUUAUGAGACCAGUGCCAAACACACUAUACCGUCAUACAAGACCACCAAUUUCUGUGCCAUGCCAAGGAUGUUAACGAAAAGACGAAUGAUAGUAAGUAUUAACUGGAUAGUCAAACACUUAUUUCUGCAUAUUUCUUAUACAAAAUCUUGGCGGGGUGUUGAUUAUCAACUCUACCAGUCGUGUGGAGGGUAUUCUUGGUGUGUAUUAAUGUGAUGUAACACCUGGUGCUAGAUUACCGGACAAUGUGUCACCAGGCAGUGUUCAGUAGUGAGUAUCAUUGCACAUCGGUGGCGAAUCAGUUGGAGUAGCGCUGAGUUUUCCUUGAAUUGUGCUGGACUAAUGGACAGCUUAACUAUAUUGGUAUGAGCUGGAGAAGUUUGAUGUGCAGGGGAAGUACGCAUUAUUUGGUCCUAGUUGAACAGUAAGUGGUCUUUCAUUGGAUCGAACAUUGAGAGCUUCGGGCGGAAACACGUACUUUUCAAAUUGUUGUUUUCUCAAAGGUUGACGCUAGGUCUGUGGCCUUUGAUUGGGUUGGUCCAUUUGUGUUGGAUAUGUGUUCUUGCUUGCAGGUGCCUAGUUUGUUCUGAUGUGCGUGAGGGUGGAGCUGUUAGUUUGGGGGGACUCAUCGUUUUUGGAUCUAGAGGUCAAUGUUUCUCGCAGAGUUUUUGUUUGUUGAAGAAUCUAGAAGGAGACUUCCUUUCGAGGAGGAGGUCUUUAGGAUAAUUUUUCAAUUCACGUUCUAAUACCCGACAGUAACGACUGGAAUAGGAAUGGUCAGGAUUGAGAUACCAUACAGAAUAGUUGUAGAGGGUGAUCCUUGGUGGACGGUACUGAUUUCACUGUAUUACGGAAGCUUUUGUAAAAUUUAGUAAUCGACUGGUUUACUUCGGAAAGGGAAACGUGGAUGGGGAUCGGGACCGAGACGGAGGCAGAUUCAAUGCUACAUUAGUUUGUUGUGAUGACGAUGACUAGAGUGAUUCGUCAAGCAUACACCAAUUUCAUAACCCUACCCCAACUCACAUCUAGUGGUGUGGUCGUCUCCUUUGGCCUUUUUAUGGUCUUCAUGAAGACCAUUAUCGCCGUAAAUUGACUUAAUUGCCUCGCGAAACAUUACGAAACGAAACUCAAUUUAUUGCUAUGCAUAGGGUGUUUGUGUAUGUUUGAAGUUGGUGCGUGUGUGUUUAUGAUUUCAUCUAUACUGUAAUCAAUAUAAUGUACCCGCUGUAUCCCCUAAUAAACAUCUAAUGAUCCAAGAUCCUAACGACCUGUUCAGGGUAUCAUCCAUACAAUACGUGGAAUCGUUGGACUAUAUGGGUUAAAGUUUGUGUAUAAUUUUUUUUUAUUAGGGUCGCUAGCAAUUUUUGGCAUUUCUUUAAAUAACACUUAAGCAAAUGGGGGAAUUCCACAAAGAUUCGUCCGAAAAUCUCCAAAAUCGUGACCGACCAUUUUAUAUUCCGAUGAAACUUUACAGGUUUCAUCGGCAUGGAAGACUAAACAUUUUUCACAGUCAAUAAGAUUAUUUUGACUCAUUAGCAAUUUUUUAGAGGGCGUAGACGUUUAUAUAUGCAUUAAUUUAUAAAUUUUUUGUCCGAUUACUUUAUUUUAUACAGCAAAACUUCCUCAGAACGAGUUAUAGGGAAUGAAUAUUUCUUCACGAAAAAAAUAUGCACUGAAAAAAAUAUUGUCAUUUUUUUGCAAAAACAAGAAUUUAUAUUAAAAAUUUGUUAUGUUUGCACAUAAUGGUUAAGAUAAUGUGCAUAUUGAAUUAAAUUAUAAAAUUAAAUUAUGGUUCAUUGAGGUAAUUAUGAUAAGCGUGCACGGCAUACCCGACAGAAGAAGGUGUGCAAGUAAAACACUCGCUUGACAAAAACAAAUUUGUCUGGCAACAAAAACCGGACGUAGGCUAAAACGCCAAAAAGGUAGAAAAAAGGAAAAAAAACGUGGAGAAAAGUCAGUAGAGAGGUUAGCGUUCAAUCGAAAAGAGGGCAGGUACGAGCAAACGGAGGCUGAUCCUGCGGACGGAAAAAAGGAGGACCGUCGUGUUAUCAGCAGUCGCCGGGAACAUAUGCGAUACCGUUAACACCGAAGAUACCACUCUCGCAUCCGUACCAUCAUAGGCAGGAGAUAAGUAAAACAUCCCCAUCGUCACGAGGCGUGAGUAUAAAAUAGUGCCGCAAGGGUUAGCGCCGGGAGUGAAUAUAAGAGCAAACCACGCUGCCGUGCGGAUACUAGGUUCCAACGAGUUCGCCGGUAAAAUCAAGAGAAAGACGGCAACAACUAUUCGGGAGCAUCCAAUAAUCAUCCCUCGGCGACAUCGGCCCGGUCCCGAGAGGAAAGUCCGUGCAGUCCGGCUCUUCCCAGGUCGGCAAUACUCGUAGUGGCAACAAUCACCACGACAUUUCGGUUCGAUCGCAACAGCCAGAGUCCGGUGCGGCUGGCCAAAUCCUGAGGAGAACCGGUUUGGUCCACCGAGUACGUGAUCAAGUUUCCGAACAAGGCGAUCGAAACCGGCACAGCGGAUCCGGAUCUGCAAAGAAGACAGUAUUACAGACCUCAAUUGUUCAGACUGCCCGGGAAAGCAACCACAGCGCGGGUGGAAAACGGUGGGAAAACAACCGCCACUACCAAUGCAACGGCAAAGCAGCAGAUUCAUUUGCGGCAGCGGAGCGGUUAUUGUGAAAUUUCUCGGAUCGAAUAUGUUGUGUCGGCGAACCAUCUAGUCGCGGAAGAGCGCUGUAUAUUUGUGAGGAAUGACUAAUUCGCUUAGGAUAAAUAAACCAGUGACGGUGUUCUGGAAUAGGCAGCUCUCAAGCAAUUCCCGGGGUCACAUGAUGACGACGGCCAACAUCAUUAAGGUGAGUGCACCUCUCUUUACCUCCUUCUAAGAACCAUAUGUGUUUUGGGGUAAUUUUGGGAAACGAUUUGGGUAAAGUCAACUUUAAUUUUACAUUGGCGCCCAACUAAAAACCCCACAUUUAAGAUACAUUACCGUUAGUAUUGAGUUUUGAUUAUAUUCUUGUGAUAGUUUUAGUGUAGAUUUCACUCGAAUUUUUUAAGCUUGCAAUUCGAUUUGUGAAACCGUUCUUAGAUAAUGGAUUACACACACUUAAUCGAUGAAGAGAUUGAGUAUGAAUUGGCUUUGAGACAUGUGGUUAACUUAGGACCAAAGACUCAUCGCACGAAAGUGCAACUUUUGCAUAAGGCAAUCCGAGAGGAUGCAGCACGGAAUGUGACACGGGAUAGCGCAGAGCACGCUAUAAGCCCCACAGUAAACAUGGAAAGGUGUCAAAUCCAGAUUUACGAAUUACAUAAGCAGGUUAGUGUUGCUCUCAGAGACGUCAAUAUUGAAAUGCUCGCACAGCUUCGAUCGCGUAUCGCACAUUAUCGAUUCCGGUUAGCAAUCUUGAAACCUCCGGAUGGGUUCGCGGAAGCGCACAGUUCACUUCAGACGUUGGUUAAAGUAAUGGAAUGUGAUGUGAACAGUGUACUAAAUAGAGCAGUUACCAGAGUGGUAGACGGAAGUGGUGGAGGAAGAGAACAGUUAGGCGUACCGAUGGGCAGAAACAAGGCCACAAGUGCUAGCGAUAGCAGGCAACACACCUCGUUACCUCCAACCAGCUCACCACUUUCAGCAGGACACGGCAGCGGUUUGGCGUGGCCGGAUUUCACCGGAGCACGUUUCGAUGGGAGCUCGCACUACACCCCAUUCCAAUCCGGAAAUCUAGCAAACAACAGCAACAGGAGAGGAGCAACGAGCGAAGUUCAAGAGCAGUCGCAUCUGAACAACAUCGACACAGCGGAAGUCAUUUGGCCACCACCACCAAUAACACAACAGGAGGCUGAACAGGCGCGCAACCCAAACAGACACAAUCGAUGUCGCAACGCAUGGGAAGAAUUCGACGGACUUCGAGAUGAUUUAUUACGUCAUCUACUGCGACGGGAAUCGAGACCAGCACAAGAUCGUAGUGAGGACAGGCGAAUGCUGAAGGCAGUGCAUAACUGGCCGUUCAAGUUCAGGGGGGAGAAAGACACCACAUCGCUGAAUGUUUUUCUGGAUAGGGUGGAAACAUUCGCCAGAUCGGAAGGAAUGAACGAUGACACGCUGCUGGCAUCAAUCAAGCAUUUGUUGCAGGAGGACGCGCUUGAUUGGUAUGCUCGAGCUAUGACGCAGCACAGAUUGAACUCGUGGGAGGCAUUCAAGCAGGAGAUUCGCAAGGAGUUUUUACCCAGCGGGUACGCGCAGAUAUUGCGGCUGGAGGCAUGCUUUCGGUUCCAAGGGCUCAAUGAGUCAUUCGCCAAAUAUUAUCGGGACAUCUCAGCUCUAUUUCGUUUUGUAGAACCACCAAUGCAGGAAGAGGAAAAGUUUUUCAUUGUCAAGAAAAACAUGAACGCGGAUUACGCGGCGAUCGUCACGGCAGCAAGACCAAGGACACUGCAGGAGAUGGUCGAGGUUUGCAUCAGCUAUGACGAAACUAGAUUGCUUUUAAGCAGGCAACGGCGUCUUCCCAUACCGCACGGUGCAUUGUUAGAACCAAACUUUGCAACGCCAACGGUCACACCGAAGCCGACACACACCUCACAAUAUCAACCACGAUUCAGUCGAGUUCAUGCGGUAGAAAUGGAGAACCUGUCAGGAGAGAAUGGUACAAUGGAGUGUCCAUACCCGAGCUACGAGGCCACUCAGUCGCAGGAUGCUGAAGAUCCGUGGCAACUGAAAAUAGAUCAGCUAAUGGAGCAGGUCAGUGAAAUGAAAUUGCAAUUAUCAUCAAGAGGACAAAGACCAACCUUUCCACCGUCGCAAAAAACAAACCCAUCGGAGCAGCAUCGGCGGUACAUGCAACCACAACAAGGUCAAACACGACACGGACAGCUUCAGUCGCAUGCACUGCAACAGCAGCAGCCACAUCAUGUGCCUUUCACACAGCCAGCGGCACACGAACCGAGACGCGAGGAGCGCUCACUGCAAGCACAGGGCGAAAGCACCGCUGAUCACCGGCGUUUAGUGUUAACUUGCUGGAACUGUGACGAGGAAGGACAUCGGUUCAUGGACUGUCCAAAACCACAGGCGAUAUUAUUCUGUUACAGAUGUGGGCGGAAAGGAUAUUCACUGCGCAGCUGUUUCUCUUGCAGAACAGAUGCGGGAAACGGAACAGCGGAGAACAGACAAUAGAGGGAAAUGAUUUUC